UAUCAGGAAAGUUUGGCUUUAAGUGACCAGUAUCAGAAAAGUUUGGCUUUAAGUGACCACCAUCAGGAAAGUUUGGCUUUAAGUGACCACGAGCAGCAAAGUUUGGCCUUAAGUGACCAGUAUCAGAAAAGUUUGGCUUUAACCGACCAACAUCAGGAAAGUUUGGCUUUAACUGACCACCAUCAGGAGAGUUUAGCUUUAACUGACCACCAUCAGCAAAGUUCUGCUUUAACUGACCACCAUCAAGAAUGUUUAUCGUUAUUUGAUCAAAGCAGUGAAAGCGUGUCAGCAACUAACUCAAAGGAGAGUUUGCCACAUUUUGUUAGAAGUAAGAAGCCCCACGUAGCCACAAACUCGGCGCAUUUUCUACCAGCAUUGGUUGUUCGAAGACGAACUCAACAAUGUGACCGCCAUGUCAAUAACGAUCUACCUAAAAUAAGUCAAGUGAAUCUUCGAUCAUCUCCGAUCGACAACAGCCGUGUGGGUCAAACUGAGCUAUGUGUUCUAGAGAGAGUAGACCCCUCACGUCACGCACCGGAGCUCUCCAUUGCCCACUUACCACAGAGCGCCCACUCAGAGCAAAACUCCCCCGCUCCCUCACAGCAGAACGCCCCUGAUCCCUUGCAGCAGAACGCCCCUAGUUGUUUCGGGACGUUGAGCUCAAAGAUGACUAAGAAAAAGCUCCCGAGUUUGUCUCUAAGGACAGUCAACGAUAAACAGGUGACCUUGAGCGACGUGCCAGAAGAAGACGUUUCAUCGAUUCGCACGACUCGGUCGCUGCAAAAAGAGAGCAGGCGGCCGCCAGACGUCCGGCAGGAAAGAAUGAAACAGCGUUCUGCUGGUCGCAGGAAAGUUCUGAAGGAUAUGAAGUUAAGCUCUGCCUGUGAUACGCUGGCUACAAAGGAGGAUGUGGUGGAACACUCAACAAAGCGGAAUUCCCUUCUUGGGAAAGUCGUGUUUGGCGAUCAUCUAAAGCGCGCCCCUGUGAGUUCUAAAAGAGUGGCAUCUCCACGUCAGAGCAGUGAUUUGGAAAACAGAGACGUCACCUGCUCUGUGCUGCCAAGCGAAGCGUCUGCGACGCUCUGCAACACGCUUGAGGAUGUUGACGCGAUUGCUUCUUCGAUAUCCAUCGCAACUCCCACCAGGAAUUCGCUGUGCUUGCCUGGGGACGGCAUGUCCUUGGCGGCACCUGACGCAGGCGAGGCUCUCGAGCACACCGACCGAGACGGCCGCAAGGAUAACGCGUUCCAAGAUGUUGAUGCCUGCGGUGAUAUAACCAACAUCUGUGAUAUUUUGGACCGUCUGGUCAAGCCUGACACCAGAACUCAGAUGUCAACUCUAUCAGAGCUGACGGUCUACACGGUGGGCGACGAUCCUGAGCUUCAGAUCAAGUUGUCUGAAGACAACCUGGAGAGUCUGGCCGUGGUAAGUUACUCGUCCGACAGAUUGGCUGUUGAUAGUCGUGUUUCUUAUAGCGGACUCAUCUUAUAGUUCUCAAGAGCAUCAUUUAUUGUAGAAGAAAAAAAUGUCACCAGCUUAGUUCUAGUAGUUUCACUAGUGAAAGAUUGGGGCUUUUCUGUGGGGCUUUUCUGUGGGGGGUUUAUUUAAGUUUGACCAAUAUCUCCGUCCCAUCUCUUUCGUUAACGGCUGCUCUUGUCAUCAAGGUAUUGUUACCUACUUGAACAUCUUUUUUUUUUCUUCUUCCUGUGCGCGAAUAAAUUCAUUGUACAAGAGGUUUAAAAAAAUCCAUGAUCUAACGAGAUAUUCUUUUGACAUGAAAUUAUCCUAAAGGUAGAUCAACACACGCUGGAAAAAAGUCACAUCAUAAUCGGAUUAUUUCAGCCUCAACUUUUUUAAUUGAACUUUGGACUAAGAUUUGGAAAUUAAUUGCACACAUUUGCAGACGUUUAAAAAAAAUUUGCCUUAUUUAGAUUGACCCCGAUGUUCUCCGGGAAUUAAUAUCUUCAAUCAAUGAAUUAACGACGUAAGAAUCAUAGUUUAUUGUGGGACGGUGGAGUUCAAUACCUUUUUGGGGAUGUUGGCAGAGUUUGAUUUGUGGGACGGUAGAGUUAAAUACCUUUUUGGGGAUGUUGGCAGAGUUUGAUUUGUGGGACGGUAGAGUUCAAUACCUUUUUGGGGAUGUUGGCAGAGUUUGAUUUGUGGGACGGUAGAGUUAAAUACCUUUUUGGGGAUGUUGGCAGAGUUUGAUUUGUGGGACGGUAGAGUUAAAUACCUUUUUGGGGAUGUUGGCAGAGUUUGAUUUGUGGGACGGUAGAGUUAAAUACCUUUUUGGGGAUGUUGGCAGAGUUUGAUUUGUGGGACGGUAGAGUUAAAUACCUUUUUGGGGAUGUUGGCAGAGUUUGAUUUGUGGGACGGUAGAGUUAAAUACCUUUUUGGGGAUGUUGGCAGAGUUUGAUUUGUGGGACGGUAGAGUUAAAUACCUUUUUGGGGAUGUUGGCAGAGUUUGAUUUGUGGGACGGUAGAGUUAAAUACCUUUUUGGGGAUGUUGGCAGAGUUUGAUUUGUGGGACGGUAGAGUUAAAUACCUUUUUGGGGAUGUUGGCAGAGUUUGAUUUGUGGGACGGUAGAGUUAAAUACCUUUUUGGGGAUGUUGGCAGAGUUUGAUUUGUGGGACGGUAGAGUUAAAUACCUUUUUGGGGAUGUUGGCAGAGUUUGAUUUGUGGGACGGUAGAGUUAAAUACCUUUUUGGGGAUGUUGGCAGAGUUUGAUUUGUGGGACGGUAGAGUUAAAUACCUUUUUGGGGAUGUUGGCAGAGUUUGAUUUGUGGGACGGUAGAGUUAAAUACCUUUUUGGGGAUGUUGGCAGAGUUUGAUUUGUGGGACGGUAGAGUUAAAUACCUUUUUGGGGAUGUUGGCAGAGUUUGAUUUGUGGGACGGUAGAGUUAAAUACCUUUUUGGGGAUGUUGGCAGAGUUUGAUUUGUGGGACGGUAGAGUUAAAUACCUUUUUGGGGAUGUUGGCAGAGUUUGAUUUGUGGGACGGUAGAGUUAAAUACCUUUUUGGGGAUGUUGGCAGAGUUUGAUUUGUGGGACUGUAGAGUUAAAUACCUUUUUGGGGAUGUUGGCAGAGUUUGAUUUGUGGGACGGUAGAGUUAAAUACCUUUUUGGGGAUGUUGGCAGAGUUUGAUUUGUGGGACGGUAGAGUUAAAUACCUUUUUGGGGAUGUUGGCAGAGUUUGCGUAUAUUGUUCAAAAUGUGAUAACAUUCCUUCAUCUAAGUCUAUCUUUGCAAUAGCUUUGGUUUUUGACUUGGGAUCAGUAACUUUUACUUCACCACUAGUGAGUGACUCAUAUUAAAUUCAUUGUAUGUAAAGCAGGGUUCUCAUCAUUUUACAAUUACACUGAAACAUAAUACUUACACCAGAAUUAAUGUUUGAAAAAAAAAAAAAGAAAUCCAACUUUUGAGAUCAAUAUGACAGUGCUUCUUUUUGACUUGCUCUUUGAUGUUGAAUUCAAACAUUUGACUAACGAGAGUAUUCUUUGUUUCAAAACAUUCUGUUAAUAAGGGGUGUGUAUGUGCUUUCUUUCGUGUGCAUGUCUCUCUGGAUUUGCAUAUGUAUAUGUGUGUGUGUGUGAAUGUAGCUGUGCAUGUGGGUGUGGGUGUGCAUGUGCGUGUGAAUGUAGCUGUGCAUGUGGGUGUGGGUGUGCAUGUGCGUGUGAAUGUAGCUGUGCAUGUGGGUGUGAGUGUGCAUGAUUAUGUGUAUGUAGGGGGGCAUGUGUGGGCGUGCAUGCGUGUGCGUGUGAAUGUGCGCGUGGGUGGGUGUGAGUGUGCAUGUGUGUUAGUGUGUGUUUUAAUUUAAAGAUAUUUGAUUUCCUCAACAUCUGUAUAUUUCCACUGACGGACUAGCUUGAUCUGCCAAUCACAGAGGAGACUUCCGACAGGGCACGUAACCCACGGGAUGCUGACGGUGAACUGGCAGGAGACGUGGAACAAACUGACGUGCUAGAAGAUCUUUCAGAGCAGGCAUUGAGAACUCCUGACCUUCAAGUAGAGGAAGAAGAAGAUCUUUCAGAGCAGGUAUUGAGAACUCCUGACCUUCAAGCAGAGGAAGAAGAAGAUCUUUCUGAGCAAAAAUUGAAAACUCAGGCCCGCCCAGCAGAUGAAACUGAAGAUAGUUCACGGAACACUUUGCGAACUCAGGGAGGUGAAGAAAAAGAGUGGGCAUUGAGAACUCCUGGCCUCGAGGAUCAUGACCAAGUUGAGUCAGCAAAAGCUCCUGAUUCAAGGUCUUCUGAAAGUUCUGUGAAGAAAGUCAAAGGUGAUGGCGCUGUCGAAGGCAAGGAUGGUAUUGAGACAUCGGAAGCUACUUUUACAACUAUUACAAACGCUACGGAGAGUAAGCAGAACAUAUUGCAAAUUAAUUUCGUUUUACCAUUUUGUUAAACGUUUUCACAAACCCCUUAAAGCACAACCCAUUAAAACGUGUUUUUGACGAUACAAAGUUAUCUCUUACAGCAGCGGUUCUCAACCUGUGGGUCGCGAUCCCCUUUGGGGGGUCGAACGACCAUUACACGGGGGUCGCCUAAGACCAUUGGAAAACACAUAAUUUUGAUGUAGGAACGGACAUAAUUUUAUGGUUGGUGGUCACCACAACAUGGGGAACUGAAUUAAAGGAUCACUGCAUUGAGCAGGCUGAGAACCACUGUCUUACAGGGAGAAGACAUAACCCGUUAGAUUAUCUUGCAAAACAAGGGAGUUUAUUUUUUAAGAUUUCGAUCCAUCUCACGUUCAUUAAUGAAAAUGUCUGUUAUCAAAUAUUCACCAGUAACUAUAGUUGUUGUUUUAUGUCUGUUACCAAAUAUACACCAGUAACUAUAGUUGUUGUUUUAUGUCUGUUAUCAAAUAUACACCAGUAACUAUAGUUGUUGUUUUAUGUCUGUUAUCAAAUAUUCACCAGUAACUAUAGUUGUUGUUUUAUGUCUGUUAUCAAAUAUUCACCAGUAACUAUAGUUGUUGUUUUAUGUCUGUUAUCAAAUAUUCACCAGUAACUAUAGUUGUUGUUUUAUGUCUGUUAUCAAAUAUUCACCAGUAACUAUAGUUGUUGUUUUAUGUCUGUUAUCAAAUAUUCACCAGUAACUAUAGUUGUUGUUUUAUGUCUGUUAUCAAAUAUUCACCAGUAACUAUAGUUGUUGUUUUAUGUCUGUUAUCAAAUAUUCACCAGUAACUAUAGUUGUUGUUUUAUGUCUGUUAUCAAAUAUUCACCAGUAACUAUAGUUGUUGUUUUAUGUCUGUUACCAAAUAUUCACCAGUAACUAUAGUUGUUGUUUUAUGUCUGUUACCAAAUAUUCACCAGUAACUAUAGUUGUUGUUUUAUGUCUGUUAUCAAAUAUUCACCAGUAACUAUAGUUGUUGUUUUAUGUCUGUUACCAAAUAUACACCAGUAACUAUAGUUGUUGUUUUAUGUCUGUUAUCAAAUAUUCACCAGUAACUAUAGUUGUUGUUUUAUAUCUGUUACCAAAUAUACACCAGUAACUAUAGUUGUUGUUUUAUGUCUGUUAUCAAAUAUUCACCAGUAACUAUAGUUGUUGUUUUAUGUCUGUUAUCAAAUAUUCACCAGUAACUAUAGUUGUUGUUUUAUGUCUGUUAUCAAAUAUUCACCAGUAACUAUAGUUGUUGUUUUAUGUCUGUUACCAAAUAUACACCAGUAACUAUAGUUGUUGUUUUAUGUCUGUUAUCAAAUAUUCACCAGUAACUAUAGUUGUUGUUUUAUGUCUGUUAUCAAAUAUACACCAGUAACUAUAGUUGUUGUUUUAUGUCUGUUAUCAAAUAUACACCAGUAACUAUAGUUGUUGUUUUAUGUCUGUUAUCAAAUAUACACCAGUAACUAUAGUUGUUGUUUUCUGUCUGUUAUCAAAUAUACACCAGUAACUACAGGUUUUUAAAGUUUUUUUUUGUGUGUGGUCCCUUUCGCUCAGCUAAGGCAGGAGGUGACAAACCCCAGAAGCGAGUGAGCAGAAAGGUCUCUGGGGGGUCACCCGGCGGACCACCUGGCGGGCCACCUGAUGACGGAGACAAGAAAAAGCCAACAGAGAAGCUGAAAAGGAAGAAGAUUGAUCGUAAUGCUCUGUUUCCUCCCCGUGUGAUGGCCGAGAGCCACUACUACAAACACAACAACACCAUUAACGUGGUGGUUAAGCCAGUCAACGCUCAGCUGCCCACGGACGGGCUCAACGUUAAGGUGCAUUAUUUGGUGUGGGUGGAGCCAUGGGCGCCCGCAGAAAACUUUCAAGGGGGGGGGGCAAAAAUAAAUCGAUUAACUUUCUAGGGGGGGGGCAAAAUAUUUUUAGUAAUGUUUUAAUGUAGUUUUAAUUUACUGUAGCGUAUUUGUAUGGUGAACGAACGGACAGGACAUCAGCUUAGUUACUUUCUCUUUAUUUUCUUUACUUUAAUAAAAAAAAAAAUCUAUUUUUGUCUAAAUUUUUUUUAUCCAAUCAAUACGGGGGGGGGACGGGGGACGGGACGGACAAGUACCCCCCCCCUCCCUGCGGGCGCCCAUGGGUGGAGGGUAUAUACAUUAAAGUAAUACUCGGCACUUUCUGAAACGGAGGCAAAUAAAAUGGGAAAAGAAAAGAACGUUUUUAAAAAAAUGGGGGAGGACUUUAAGUCUAAAAUAGUUUGACAGUCGGUGCAAAAUUUCAUAUAGUAUACUUUUUUUUUAGAAAGAGCUAAGCGGCCCCAGUAAUUUGUGAUGUCAUUGGUUACGUCUACGAUUCCGAAGGAAUGCCAGACCAAUUGCUUGUAUUAAUAUAAAAUAAACAAUAUCAUGGCCGGCAGACUAAUUGUUUGUCCAUCCAUCCAUCCUUCUACGGCCCGUGUAGAGAGCUUCGGCCUGCCUCACCACUUCUUUCUACUUAGACCUAACUAAUGCUUUUCUUUAACAUGCUUGGAUUCCCGGCUGCUGUGGAUCUUUUUCCACAUCAUCCAUCCAUAUAGGCCUAGGCCUACCUUUGAGCCGUUAUCCUCUGGGGUUUUGAUGGGGCACCCUCUUCACUCCUCCACUUGCUUGUAGUAAUAUAAAAUAAACAAUACCAUGGCCGGCAGACCGCGAGCGACAGUUCAUUUUUUAAUAUAACGUUUCGUCAGGAAACAUUCUGCAAACUUACGACACGCCACCGAAGGCACUGUAUGACGGCAUGUAUGACAACAUGCAUAGCGGCAUGCUUUGGAUAAAGAGUGGCUUGCGGAACAUCGUCUCAUAACUGUCAACGUCCCAUGCAUUUAGUGAGCUUCAGUCCGACGUGCCAAGUUAGCUGAUGGUCUCUUUAAGGAAAUGCCGUUCUUGCAAUACGACAUGCAGCGUACAAACCGGGCCCUUUUCUUUUGUUUUUGUUAACUGUGGGCUUAGCACACAGAAAAUCAUCAUGAUGAUAUUCUAUUGGGUUUACGAAGGGAAAUGCAAGCAUGUUAUGCCUUUUCAAAAGCAUUGAAAUUUGGGGACACCAGUGUAAACUGUAACAAAUUUUACCGAAUCGAGUAACGGAAUUGGUUUCAAGUUCAAAACAUGGAAUAAACCAUUUCCAAGCUACCUUUGCGCUAUCCAGUGGUGCUAUGGCCACAAAGAACACGUUUUCGGAAAGAACUUGAAGUUGUUUAGUGACAAUUAUCACAUGUGACCAUGAACUUGGUAAAUCGGUAUUGAACUGCCAAAAAUAACAGUCGCUUCGAUGCCUUUCACUGGUUAUUGGACUUUGGGACCGCCGUUUGGAGGAGUGUCAAUAGUCUAAUGACAGCUUUAUCUUCACUAGUCUAAUGACAGCUUUAUCUUCACUAGUCUAAUGACAGCUUUAUCUUCACUAGUCUAAUGACAGCUUUAUCUUCACUAGUCUAAUGACAGCUUUAUCUUCACUAGUCUAAUGACAGCUUUAUCUUCACUAGUCUAAUGACAGCUUUAUCUUCACUAGUCUAAUGACAGCUUUAUCUUCACUAGUCUAAUGACAGCUUUAUCUUCACUAGUCUAAUGACAGCUUUAUCUUCACUAGUCUAAUGACAGCUUUAUCUUCACUAGCGAAUUCUUUGAAUGCCUGUUAAAAAAACGUUAAGAUUAUCAGACUAUUUCCGGUAAUAAAAAUAACAUGUGUUAAGUGUUUUAUAAAUAAUUAAAGUAACACAUUUUAAAGAUUCAACUAAUUCUUCUGAAAUAUGAUGUUGUUUCAAACAAUGCUGUCUCUCAUCAGCGUUAAUUACCAACAAACACGUGGCUCUUCAAUUUGAGAGAUUGGAGAAUUCGAAUAGACCCGUGCGCAGAUAAAGUUGGGGGAUGUGUGGGGAAAGGUUAACUUGACAUAACACCAUUUUCAAGUUAGUAAGUUUGUGCGUGGAUGGUAAGCAUUGAUGGGGACGUUUUCAGUAGGUUUAUUUUGCUACCUCUCCCGUAGGUCCACGUACACAGGAGACAGAGUCGCCUCCCUGUUAUACCAUCUCAGGGUGCAGUCGAGGCGAGAAAACGCAGCCAACCGUCACCGAGCUACACCCUAAAGAAACGCGCCAGCAACACGCUCCCGCUGAUCACAUUGGACAGGUACGUGAUGUGCUGCUGGGAACUGUUAGAACAUUAUGGUAGAUCCAUGGUUAUAGUUGCUCAAAUAACCUUAUAAUGAUUAGGUUUAUUUGAGGGUUGGCCAGUUUCCACGUUGUGGGAUUGAGAAAUAAUUAAGAAGUUACUAGUGACUUUCAUUAUUGCUUAAAAUAUUAAAAAAAAAAAAAACAAGUCUUUGUGAAAUUCUACUCGUCUCUCACGCAAAUGACCUGAUGUAUCUAUUUGUUUUUUUUUUUUUUUUUUUUAUUUUUUUUUAUAAUUAUUAAUAGGCGUAGGAAAGGGAUGCCCCUGGUGGCACUUUUUUAUUUUGAAUGGAGAAAUGUGUACUUAUUUUUCUUAGAAGGGACGGAUCAAAGCUUGGCCUUCUCCGGGGCAAUAACCCUGGCUAAACUACUGAUUAUAACGUAUUAUUAUUUGAAAUAACUUUUUAUGUCAUUCGUCAAAGUUUGUUUGGAUUCGUAGUGACGACUAUGACGUUCCUUUCAGUAUUUCUUUUUUUUUUUAAAUUAAACUUGAGAAAUGUGAACAAUGACAUCAUAUUUCAAAUAUAUACCUCUUCUUGUCCUCGAUCAGAGAUAUUAUAGAUCUACGGGCAGCCAACCCGCCCUUUAACACAGCAACCAACCCAGAAGCGGACACCAGGUACAAGAAGAUAACACGCAACUGGAGGGUCCGCUAGCACACCGGAAGUAGGGGUUAGGAAUGCGAUACCGCGUAACUGUGGGGUCCGCUAGAAGACAGGAAGUAGGGGUUUAGAAAUGCCCUGCCUCGCAACUGUGGGAUCCGCUAGAAGACUUGAAGUAGGAGUUAUGGAUUAUCCCCUUUAAAAAAUUAUCCAAAAGCCCGCGAAAGACAGCUAUUAUGUUAUACUUAAAUUAUGGCUAUUACUUUAUAAUUUAGCUACGACUUUCAAAUUUUGUUUAAUAUUCCUAUUAUCCGGUCCAUGAUUUCCACCAGUUUGGCGUCCCACUUAAAGAAUGGAUCCGUUUUAGCCAACUAGCUUCUUUCGCGGAAAAGUUAACAAGAAAAUGACAGUACAUACAAACCUAAUGAGUUUCUCAGACAUAGGGAGAAAAAAAGCAUGAAAUAACAGAAGUCUUGCUUAUUUUACAUUGAAAUGUUUUGUAUUACUCAAUUAUAUUUGAAAUGGGAAAAAAUGAAACAAUUUUCCAAAUUUUGUUUUUCUCAAUAAUAUUCCUUGAAAGUUUUUUUUUUUAAAUAACCAAUUUGGUUUUAUAAUUAGCCGACUCUCUAUGGUUAGUGCUAAAAUAAUGGUAUUAUCUCAACCAUCCUAAUCCCAGCGCC